AUGUUGAAGAGUACAGUGAAGAUAGAGAGCUCAAUAAGCACUAUCAUGGUCGCUCUUAACUCCAACAAACUAGCAAAUUCCGUUGAUCUCUCUCAAGAGUAUUUCUACUACUAUGAUGAAAUUGAUGAUGAUGUAAAGAACCCAUUUUUGGAGAUUCAGAUCAUCGAAAAUGGUCAAUCUUCGAAUUCUCAAAUUGACCCGCAUUUUGUUUGUGAAAUCCAUGUUAAACCCAUGACUUUAAAGAAGUUAUUUUUGAUCAAGUUUUGUACUCACGCUUACCGUACUCGAUCGUAUGAUCAAGAUUGUUCCGCAAUGUUAAUUGAUGAUGGAGAAGAGGUUAUAAGGGAAUUCGAGUGUCCUAAUUGUAGGAGAAUGUUCCGUGCCCGAGUGUAA